AUGCAGCCUCAUGCUCGCCGUGUGGGCCCGCAGAUUCUGCACCGCGGCGCCGGCAGGCCGCGAGGGCCGGCAGGCCGCGAGGGCCGGCAGACCAACCCGGGCCGGCAGGCCGCGAGGGCCGAAGACGGGCUGCUGCCUCUCCACAGAGGGCGGGGCGCGGCCGCCGCGCUGUCCUCGCGCGCAGCCGAGCGCGCCGAGCUCUUGAAGCCGCGGAGUGCUCCCGCGUGGGCGAGCGGCCCUCGACACAGGGCCCCGACUGCCGAGAGCAGCUGCGGCGCUUCGGGGCCAGACCGCGACGGAGGUCAGGCGGCCUCUCCGUGUCCCACCGUACUCGGGUCGGGAUACCUCGUGGGCCGCCACGCCGAUGUGAGUCCGCCAGCCUCAGCCCUCAGCUACCGGACGGGCGGAGGCGCGGACCAGGACGGACCCUGA